CAACAAAAGCGAGGCUCCGGUGCGGGAUGUGAACGAACGCUAUCCCGUGUUGUGGCUUGUUUUGGAGACGUCCCCACAAUUUUGCUGCUGAUAGUAUUUUCUGGAAUUUCUAUUUACUAAGAUGGCUCACACAAUUUUACUAGUACAACCAGGACCGAAACCAGAGACCCGAACAUUUUCCGAUUAUGAGAGUGUCAAUGAGUGUAUGGAAGCAGGGGUUUGUAAGAUCUAUGAAGAGCAUCUGAAGAGGAUGAACCCCAACACACCGAGCAUUACUUAUGACAUAUCACAGCUCUUUGACUUCAUUGAUCAGUUAGCUGACCUCUCCUGUCUUGUGUACCAAAAAAGCACAAACACCUAUGCACCAUACAACAAGGACUGGAUAAAAGAGAAGAUUUACAUCCUCCUCCGGCGCCAAGCAGCUAAGGCAAAUUGAGAUGUUGAUUCCAAUGAAAGAGCUCAUCAUAAGGACAGAACUGAAAAAGUAAUGGAUUUUAAGAAGAAAGCAAGCUGAGGAUAAAAGAUUAUGAGUGGAUACACUGAUCGGACCAUUGUGACACCUCUCAGAUGUCACAUUUGUGAUAAAAAUCUUGCUGCACA